AUGGCAGAUCCUCUCUCAAUCGCAGCAAGCGUUGCCGGCCUCGUAUCGCUGACAGGCAGUGUCUUCGGACUACUAUGCAAGUUAAGCCUACAGCAAAAAGAUUUCAAUCGGGAAAUUACAGAACUCCAAACCGUAACAAGAGAGCUAUCAGUUCUUCUCCAUGAUUUGUCCCUUCUCGCGACUUCUCUCCCAACCGAGCCGACCUUUGAUGGCUCCUUUCGCUUAGACCAUGUCGACUCCUGCGAAAGAACAAUCCACGACGUCAAGACCAAGCUGGAGAAAAUAUGUCCUGCAAACCCUCCAACAGGACGCACUGCAAAAAUUAUCAAAUCAACGAGAAACCGCCUGAAAUGGCCAUAUUCAAGCAGGGAGUUCGAGAAGCUGCUGGCGGAUCUGGCGCGCCACAAGGAGACGAUCAGCCUGGCCUUGUCGGUCGAUUCUAUGAGCGCACUGUUGCAAACACUUUCGAAGCAAAGAGAUAUAUCGGAAGGUGUAAACAAUGUUAGGGAGACUGUUAACGAGAUAAAGACCCGUAUAUUUGUCGAUGAACAUCGCGAGAAAGUCCUCGAUUUCUUCCUCCCAGUCAAUCCGCAGAUCAGCUUCGAGACUAGCAUUCGACUAAGACACCCUAUGACCGGCCUAUGGCUUACAGAGGAGCAGGCCUUCAAGAAUUGGAUCUACAGCCCGAACGCAAAACUCUGGAUGAGUGGAAUCCCCGGCGCAGGGAAGACAGUGAUUGCUGGUUCUGCCAUUGAGGAGGUACUGAUGGUGGCAUCCAGUGGAACUGCGAUAGGCGUCUGUUUCUUCUUCUGUGAUUACAAGAACCCUAAGUCUCUGGACCCGGUCAAUAUUCUCAGCUCCUUCGCCUCCCAGCUUGCCAGGCAAAAUGACAGGGCAUACGCCAUGCUUGAGCAGUACUACGCCGAGCUGCAUCCAGACCAGAAUCUCCCCAAGCUUAACAAACUCGUGGGGAUUGGAGAUCUUGUGGUGAAAAUGGCUGACUUGUUCGACCGCGUACUGGUGGUUGUCGACGGCCUGGACGAGUGUGGAUCCGAUUCACCUGUGGCCGACGAGCUUGCAGACAUGGCCCGGAAGUCCCAAGUCGUUUCCAUGGCACUUCUCAGUCGCGAUGAAAUGCACAUUCGAGAGGCACUGGGGAAUAUGUUCGAGCACAUUGAUAUUGCCGCUCGUGGAAGCGACGUCCGAAGAUAUGUCCGUGAAGAGCUCGAAGACCGAAUUAAGAGAAGGCAACUUCGGCUUCGAAGCCAGGAGCUGAAGGAGGACAUGAUCAACACACUUAUAGACAAGGCUGGCGGCAUGCAACUGGACUAUCUAUGCGAGCUUCCCUUGGACAAGGACAGGAGAGAGGCGUUGACGAAGCUCCCUCCCACAUUGAAUGCCAUUUACGAGCGCAUACUAUCCAGGCACAGCCACCCCAGUGCGGUUCAUAUUGUUCGCACAACCCUCAGGAUCGUCGCCGCUGUUGGGCCUUCCAUCACUAUCCGCGCGCUGUGUGAAGCUGUCUCGGUCCCAGAACAUGCAGCAUGCCUCCAGGAAGAUAACACGGUUCUCGAAGAGGAUAUUAUAAGAUAUUGUAGCAGUCUCCUGAGGGUGUCUCCAGAUAACCAGCACUUAGAAUUCGCGCAUUUCACCGUCCCAGAGUUCCUGCAAUCUACAUCACUGCUCGGAACUUCGCUUGGCGAGUACCAUCUGGGCACAGAUACUGUUAUGACCGUUGUUGAACUCUGCUUGCGAGUUUUGCUACUCGAUGACUUUCGACUGGACAUAUUGUCUGAUCCUUCCCCGGAGGUGGCUAUAGCCACUGCGCAGACGAUCUGCAAAGAGCACCCAUUCUACGACUUUGCAGCAUGGGAGUGGCCAUUCCUCAGCGAGGGGUUCCUGCGUGUUGCGAGCGUACAAAACGAUAGCCCAAGCAGUGAUGAGGAUACAAGCGUAUCCCUCAGAGCGUUAGGAAAGGCCCUGAAGCUUUUUACCCUGCCGGGAAAAUCCAACUUCAGGCUAUGGGCAGUCACAUUCUGUGAGCGAUACCUUACGACGUCUCCACUCGACUACCAUGAGGCAAUCACUCGCAGCAUUCCACCAAUACUCGAUGGCACCUUUACGCCCUUGCACAUGGCCUGUGUACUCACGCUACCCUCUAUCGUCUCUCGACUUGCGGCCGGAAGCAAAUCGCACCUGUCUUGCGAGCGUCAGUUUCUAGCCGAUUGUGCUAUUUACGGAUUAUCCGCUUUGGAGUAUGAGGGCUACCAUGACGUCCUCCGCUUGAGCAUGCGGCACGUGUCUCGAGAGAUACAGACGGAUAUGCUUGUAGUGAUGGCCAGCUUGGGGUAUAUUGAACUUCCCAUGCGCGUUCCAUGGACUAUACUUGCCCGGGACAAACGUGAUUUCAGAACUGGAAGGGUUCCCGAUCCUACAGUCUUGGUUCUUAGGCUUCUAGAGGGGGGUUUCUCGUGUGACCUGGCUGUCAUAAACGGCCUUGAGACAGUGAUAGCUCAUUUCUGUAAUACGCUAAAGGUAGACGGUGAUGGCCUUGCACACCGAUUGAGAAUUAUCCGUCAAAAGAUCAACCCCAGGGGUUUCACUGAAAGUGAAAUGGAUGGUAUAAACAAUCUAUUGACCCAUAUGAUUCAGAGCAGCAUUUCUGGGUCUUACACCACGGACUACCGACAUCCUAAGGAGCUUACUGAUAAUACGUUCCGACAGUUCGUCUAUGAAGCCGCUCACAGCGGCAACAUUUCUGCCUUGAAGGUAUAUUCAAUGGACAAGAGAUAUAAAUCUCGGACAUGGUGUCUGACAGGUUACACGCCGCUUCUCCACGUGGCUAUGUUCAACAGCAGUUUCGAUACUUUUGAAUAUCUUGCAUCCACUGGCUGGGAUGACUCGGUUCUAGAUGAGAGGAGAGGUACUGUUUGGCAUAUGUUGGCGAGUGGCAUCCACCGCGAAUGGUUUGAACUCUUACGGGAUAUAUCUGCGGACCCAGAGUCCAGACAAGCCGAUGUCAACUGUGACAUGCAAACUCCUAUUCGGAUCGCGGUACAAAAUGCGAACUACGACCUAGCUCGUCAACUUCUAGAGCUGUGCAAGAGCAGAGAAUGUUUUGUGGGAUCUCCUUCGGUUUAUGAGAUGGCGCUCCGAGGAGGAAGUGGAGCGACAGAGCUGAUCAAAGCUCUAUUCCUACAUGGAGUUCUUCGAGACAAAGACCAAUUGCCAGUACAUCAGAUCCCACUGGAUUCAGACCCAGUCGCUGUGAGGCAAUUGUUGUCAUUAUGGCCAGGAUGCACCGACCAGCGGUACAAAGACCGGCUUCCAGUUGAGAGCUUGCUAGAAAGACUUGCUGUUUAUGACGGGGGUACUCUUGAUAGAGGCCUCUUGAUAGAACUGCUUCCAACCAGUCGCAGAUUGCAGCUGGACGUAUUUCGCUUUUUCUGCUCGGAGAUAUUGUCGUAUAGCGACAUCCCUUACGCCAGCGACGACUUCCCAAAUCUGCUGGGAACCGCUAUUGAAGUAAUGGCUGAUCUUCCUGGAGUGCCCGGCCCUCUUCCAUCUUUGGUGAGAGCUUUCCUCACUUGGAUUGGGACUGGAACUUGCUACCCAGGAAUGGCACAGCUAGACACCACCAUGUCGGGCAUUCUUGAUCGCAGCAUCCAUCGUACAUCAGACGGCGGGCUCUGUGAGCUUCUCCAUGCCAGUGUGUUUUUUGGAUGGGAAGCAUUAAGUCGCAAGGUCCUGACCCUGGGUAUAAAUUUGCACAAAUGCGUGCAAGAUAGAUCCAUCCUCGAGGUUGCCUCCCUCCCCGAAUCCCUGUGCUCUGGAACCACGUUCGGCGAGUUGAUGCGAAACACACAUGCUACUCAAAACAGUGCUGUAAAUACACAAUAUGACUUUUCUAUCAGCAAAAGGCAGAGACAACACAGCGAAGUUCUAAUUCACCAUCUACACCAUGGCGGAAAGGAGACCACGCAGCUUCUUCUCCAGUAUGGUGGACGCCCACAAUCUGAUCUUGCGGGAUUUGACAUUGCAUGUGCUUUGGUCUGGUGGAACCUCGCCCAGGAGCUUGAACAGUUCAGGGAACAACAUCCAGAGACUGAGGGGAGCAAAGAAGUCCCUCCAUCGUUGUAUCUCGGCGAUGGGGACCGGUCCAUUCGAGAUAUCCGCGAUGACUGUGGUGCGGACUGGCGUCUCACACAUCUUGCGGCAUUCCGCGGGUCGUUCGAGUGCCUUGCAUACUUGCAUGACGAGGGGCUUGUCGACAACAUAAGCGCAGCCACCUCAGCUGGCUAUACAUGCGCCCAUUUGAUUGCCGCCAGUGCAGCGCCUCGGACUGUCCUUUGUACGAACUACCUGCACAGUGCGGGGUGCAAUUUCAAUGCUUUGACGAAAUAUCAGCAGAGCCCUCUUGAUAUUGCUAUCGAGAAAGGAUCUGACUUGGAUACAGUUGAAGCUUUAGCGAGCAUGGGUGUUGAAGUAUCAGACCCUGGCUGCUUUAUCGGUCUUGCCCUUGAUGAUGCAUUAAAAAUCAUUGAAUGCAUCAGUGCGGCGCAACAGGCAGACAAAUCCGAAAAGGACUGGAUGCUUUACACCCUCCGCAAUGCCAUUGAUGAUGGACGUAUUUUACACUGCGAGAAGCUGCGCUCCCUUGGCUGUCCUCUUGACAGACCGCUUCCAACCUGUCGAUCCUGUACGCCAUUGUUGUAUGCCCUAGACUUCGAGAAAUACGCAACGGUCAAGUGGCUGUUGGACAACGGUGGCGUAGCUUGGGGAACUCCGUGUCAAAGAGUUGGACGUGAGGAAACCCCAAUAUCACUUGCUGCCGCUCGCCCUAUUUUCAAUGACCUGCUGGAACGCCUUCUUCGUGCUUUGCGAGAUUCGUGGCGAAUAUGGCUACUUGAGAGAGCAUCGCCAGUUAUUGCGGCAAUCACAUCCUUGAAUCUGGAUGGGCUUAGGAUAGUUUUGGAGUUUAUUUCUAGUCAAAGCACUCGCGACGAUUGUAUACAACAGCAGGUUCAUCCGACGCAGCUCUUUUAUGCCAAAGUGGAAGAUUCCGCUGAGACCAUCGCCGAUAUACCAAGUGUGUCUGAAAUCCUCAAUGCUCCCGCAGAUAACAUGGCGCUGCAUAUAGCCGCCUACAAAGAUAGUCCACCGUUGAUGGCACUUUUGAUUGAGCACGGUGCGCAAAUUGACGCUCGCGAUGCAACAGGAAGGAUGCCUAUCUAUGUUGCUGCAGAACGCAGGUCGCUUGAAGCCGUAAGAUUUCUGCUGGUCCGAGGGGCAAAUGCCACGUCUCCCGGCCCUAAUUUAGAAUCGCUCUUAUACCUUGCGGCGGACCUGGACGACCUGGCCUUACUCAAACUCGUGGCUCCUCAUUGUCCUCCUGACAGAGCUGACCCGCUUUUAUCGCCUCUAUCUCGCUGCCGUUCGGAGGAGUGUCUCCAGUUACUCCUCGCAGAAGGCUUUUCUCUUGGUGAUGUCGAUGCCUUGGGAUUGUCGCCUAUACACUUUUUAUUAGGGAGGAAGGCCCUGCAGCCCUUUUUUAUACAGUCAAAUCUCCUUGCAACGCAUGGGUUGGAUCGAACCCGGGUCGAACUGGAGGAACUGCCGGAUGAUAUCGUGGGUGGUAUUAUUGAGAUUAUACCCGAACUUGUGCGCACUCUCGGGAAAGAGACUACGCUGGCCAUGUUUCCCUCCAGGCCUAACCGCGGACAAAGUGCCCUGUGUGCAGCAGCCGAUUUCGGCAACGUGGACUGCUGCCGUGAGUUGGUUUCGAUCGGAGCAGACCUUGAUUUCGAUGGGCAUCGUUGUGGCUCUACACUGGCUUUGGCGAUUUUGUACGGGCAGUUCGACGUGCUGAAGUAUUUGGUUAGGGCUGGGGCUGGCUUGGUAUACUACAGUAGGAGAGAGUCCUGCUGGAAGAGUGCGUUUGCAUACGCCCAUCGCAACCCCAGUAUAUAUCACUGGCUCCUUGUUGAUAGGUAUACUGAACAGCGCUGCAUUGCCUUUUUCUAG